CGCCUAGCUGAAAAGCGUCAGUUGCUCGUGCCCAGAGUAAAUGGAAAGAUCAAGUGAACAGAAAGUCAGUGGUCUAAGAAGCAAAUUAAAUUUUGACAAAAAACUUUGGAGAAACAUAUGAAAAUAAAAAACCUUAACUCAAAAAAUUGUGAUUUAUUUUAAUAAAAAAUUAACAGUUACAAAAGUAGAAAAUCGGCAAGUUUUGAAAAAUGCCUGAUAUAAUUGAACAACCAAAAGAAACGCCAUUUGGCAACUGCACGACACUGCAACGAAAUAAGAACCCGCAGACUAGUUGUGGAUUGUAUAGCCAUAUUCGUGGCACAAAUGUUUCUUACGGCAAUGUCUCCAGUCUGGCACCAUCAGUCAAGUCCUUCAUAGAAGAAUCUGUAGCGCUUUGCCAACCUGACGAAGUGCAUAUUUGCGAUGGUUCAGAAAUGGAAAAUAAAAUGCUAUUGAGGAAAAUGCUAGACGAAGGAACCAUUUUUCCUCUUCCCAAGUACGAAAAUUGCUGGCUAGCCCGCACCAACCCCGCAGAUGUUGCUCGGGUAGAAUCGCGUACUCUUAUAUGUACUGAACAACGAGAGGAAACCAUCCCUACGCCGAAGGAAGGUGUACAGGGAACACUGGGUAAUUGGAUUUCGCCUUCUGACUUUGAUCGGGCUAUUCAAGAGCGUUUUCCAGGAUGCAUGAAAGGCCGUACAAUGUAUGUGGUCCCCUUCAGCAUGGGUCCUUUGGCCUCAUCAUUUUCUAAGAUUGGAAUUGAAAUCACCGACUCAGCCUAUGUUGUUGCUUCUAUGCGCAUAAUGGCUCGUGUGGGUACAUCCGUUCUAGAGCAAAUACGAAAACAGGAGGAAUUCGUGCGGGCUUUACACUCAGUAGGUACACCUUCUAGUGGUGUUGUGGAAAAUCCUUCGUGGCCUUGUGAUCCAGAGCGGACAAUCAUUUUGCAUAAACCUUCUGAAAAUUUAAUAGUCUCUUACGGUUCUGGAUAUGGAGGAAAUUCCCUACUUGGAAAGAAAUGCUUUGCACUGCGAAUUGGAAGCACCAUCGCUAAACGCGAAGGUUGGUUAGCAGAACAUAUGCUGAUUUUGGGCAUUACAAAACCCAAUGGCGAGAAGAAAUACAUUACCGCUGCAUUUCCCUCCGCUUGCGGCAAAACUAACUUGGCUAUGUUAAAUCCCUCGCUUCCUGGUUACAAGGUAGAAUGUGUUGGUGACGAUAUCGCCUGGAUGAAAUUCGAUAAUGAAGGUGUUUUACGUGCUAUUAACCCAGAAAAUGGUUUCUUUGGCGUUGCUCCCGGAACUUCAGAGGAAACGAACCCUAUCGCCAUGGCAACAAUAUUCAAAAACACUAUUUUUACAAAUGUGGCCUACACUUCAGACGGCGGUGUUUACUGGGAAGGCAUGGAGAGCAGUCUUGCACCCGGUGUACAAAUAACCGAUUGGCUUGGUAGACCCUGGACCAAAGAAUCAGGCAAACCGGCCGCUCAUCCCAAUUCUCGCUUUUGUACUCCAGCUGGCCAAUGCCCUAUUAUUGAUUCACAUUGGGAAGAUCCACAAGGUGUUCCAAUUAGUGCAAUUCUGUUUGGAGGUCGCCGUCCUGCUGGCGUGCCCUUAAUAUACGAAUCUCGCAGUUGGACUCAUGGCGUGUUUGUUGGAGCUGCUAUGCGCAGCGAAUCAACUGCUGCAGCUGAGCAUAAGGGUAAAAUAAUAAUGCACGAUCCCUUUGCCAUGCGUCCGUUCUUUGGGUAUAACUUUGGGCACUAUGUGCAACAUUGGUUAAGUAUAGAAAACCAGGGAAAAGUGCCUAAGAUUUUCCAUGUGAAUUGGUUCCGAAAAAGUUCCAAUGGAAAGUUACUUUGGCCUGGCUAUGGGGAAAAUUCGCGUGUUUUAGAAUGGGUCUUGCGCAGUUGCAGUGGGGAGCGAUGUUACACUGAUACUGCCAUUGGUAGAAUACCGGCCAAGGGUGACCUCAAUUUGGAUGGUAUGCAACAAGUCGAUUAUGAAGAAUUGUUCUCUUUGCCAAAACAAUUUUGGUUAGAGGAGGUUUCACAAAUACGUAACUACUUUGGAACCCAAAUAGGAUCAGACCUGCCCUUGGAAAUAUACAAUGAGCUAGAUGAGCUGCAGGAGCGUAUCUUAAAAAGUUGAGGUGGCAUUUUAUUAAUAAUUUAUAAUUUAUUUUAAGUAUAUGUGAAAUGUUGAAGAGUAAAAAUAGGAAAAGAGAAGAAAUUAUAAAAAAUAUAUAUAUUUAUGUAUAUACAUAAGUAUGUAUGUAUAUAUUUA